AUGGCCGAUAGGUAUCGGAUGUAUGGUGAGGCGAUUAGAGAACAGAUCCCAACGCUCAUCGAUAUCUUGCCUAAGCCUCCUCCACAGCUCCACUGGCGCCGGAACGUCAAGAUCGACUUUCUAUACUGCUGGCCAGGCCGCGAAACCUUCUUGGCGUGCAUAGAGGCGAUGGCUGUGGAUAGUCUGACUGACUGGGAGCUCUGGUUUGAUAGUAGUAGUCAUUGGGCAGGUAAUUAUGAUUGGUCAGGCGGGAGCGGGCGGAUCUUCGAGGAAAUUGCAUGGGCUUCACAUGAAUGCGCAAAGUUCGGUGACCGCAUCAGCAUCGUUCUUCAGAUCGAAGAUGGUGGACCUCUUGGGAUCAGCAAAUAG